UCGUAUAAAAGAGCGGGAAACAGUGUUCAUUUUGCUUUUUUUGACAAGAAAAUCAAAGACAAGGUGCUUCGUAAAUUGAGGACAAGCCGGUAAAUUUCACUAUGGUUUCCAACACGGUGUGUUUCUCCUUGGUCGUGUUCGCUGUUCUUGUUGUAACUACAGUCGGAAAACCUUUCAGCGAAGAAGACAGAGCGGACACGAUGCUGGCUGACAGUCCAGCAUAUCCACCCAAAGUACGGAUUAACAGGCACGGCAAGCGAGGGUUAUUUGAUGACAUCGAGGAACAAGAUUCUGACGACCUAUCUGAGAGCAAUGCGUAUUACGCAGAAGACAGCAUGGCGGCUGAUGGUCCACCACGGAUAAAUCGGCACGGCAAGCGAGGGCUCUUUGACAACAUGGAGGAGCAAGACUUUGAAGGAGAAACAGAAUACGUUAUGAAUGGUGCGAGGCGCAUGGAUUUCGCUGACAUUCCCCCGAGAUUACGAAUGAAUCGUCACGGCAAGUAAAGCAAGAAAGGAUCACACGUUUGACCCAGUACUUCAUAACGAAAGUUUACCAAGGCAGAGAACGACGCGGAACACCAUAAGUCGUGUAAUUAAGAUCGACUUUAUUAACACAAUGAAAUUUAAUGAGGAGUAAGAGUAGAUAGAAUUAUCCAAUAUCAGUUACAAGUAUAACUAUUAGUCUUAACAAAAAUAAACAGUUAUUCCAAUGUGU